AUGCACAUUGUUUUCCUCCUUCUGUUCUUCAUCAUAGAACACGUUUCUCCUAAGAAAGUGUGCUGCUAUCAGGAUGUUUUGGACCAUUUGAAUAUCAGCCGUAAGAGCGAAAGGCACAGUUCAACGCGGCCGGUGAAGGACCACACCCGCCCUACCAUCCUCUAUAUGGACGUGUACAUCAGUGCCAUUCUUAGUGUGAACGAGAAAGCCCAGACCUUCUCUCCUCUCGUCUGGCUUCAUAUGACCUGGAACGACGAGCGGAUCUCCUGGGAUCCGGCGCAGUUCUGUGGGAUCUCUAAGGUUUCUAUUCCCAAGGAGUUCCUGUGGAAACCCGACAUCUUCAUCUUUGAGAUGACGCAGCGUGACGAGGCCCUGCCCAACCCCUACCUGCUGAUGACCCACGAGGGGCGGGUCUACAUGGAGGACGACCUCAAGGCGGUCAUCACCUGCAAGAUGGACGUGCACAAGUUCCCCUUCGACACGCAGAGCUGCAACAUCACCAUCACCUCGGUGGUCCACAGGGUGAAUGAACUGAGGCUCUUCCCGUCCUCCAACUCGUCGCGGGUCACCCAGUUCUCCCGCCAGCUGAUGCAGACUCAGGGCGAGUGGGAGUUCCUCAGCCUGGCCGUCACCAACGGCACCUUUGACAUGGACGGAUACUGGGAUAAGAUCGUCUACACGAUCUCCAUGAAGAGGAGGCCCCUUCUGCAUGUCAUCAACUUCCUGCUGCCCGUCCUCUUCUUCCUGUGUCUGGACCUGUCCUCCUUCCUCAUCUCCGACCACCGGGGGGACAAGCUGGGCUUCAAGGUCACCGUGCUGCUGGCCAUCUCCGUGCUGCUGCUCAUCCUCAACGAGAUCCUGCCCUCCAUGUCCAACCGGACUCCCCUCAUAGCCACCUACUGCAUCGUGAUCUUUGCCAUGAUGCUGCUGAGUCUCCUGGAGACGGUGUUGGUGACUCACCUAAUGGAGAAGGACUCUCGCAUCAUGCUGGAGGAGGCGGAGCAGAAAUGGACCAGGGAUUCAGACUCCUGUCAUAACACAUGCAAGGAGGGAAACUGCACUCAUGACUCUUCCAUCUGCAACGGAUCUGGUGGAGGGACCUCACGAGAGCUGCUUCCUGUGGCUGACCAGGGAGCCAGGGACCCCCAGAGGGCCGACCCCCACCUGCUGCUGCUCAUCCUGGAGGAGCUGGGCGAGGUGAGGUCCCUGCGCCGGGCCGGCGGCCCCCAGGGGCCCGGACUGAAGGCCGGCUACUGGACCCGCCUGGCCCGGAGGACCAACGUCGUCUUCUUCACCUUCUACCUCACCGCUGUGUCACUCUUUCUGAUUUUCCUGUUUAUAGAAUGGAGCUCUUAGAGAGUGUGCCGUGGGAUGGACCUUUUGGGGUUUUGUUGAGUAUGUAAAGUGCUAUCUUAUGUUGGCUUUGUUAUAUGUUCAUUUUAGAUCCCAGCGAUAUGCUUUAUUUUAUUCUACAUCAUGUUAUACUAUAUUAUGGUGUUGAGCUAUUUCAUGUUAUGCUUCUUGAUGUGAUGGUAAUUGUGUCAUGGUAGGUUGUGUAAGGUUAAGUCAUGGUACAGCAUGUUGUCAUGGAAGCCUAUGUUAUAUUACGCUAAAUAAUACUACUAUAAUACUAAUUGUAAUACUGUUAGUUAUAUACGAAUAUCUGACAUUGGUUUAGUUGCGGUGAAUCCACUUGAAUGCAGUGCUUAACCCAAUCUCUGUUAGAAUUGUCUGGAACAAUAGUUCCAGACAUCCCACUUCUGCUUUGUUGUAUGUAG